AUGCCGGAAGCGGAUAGGAGCUUCGACCACCUUUGCGACCUCAUUGACGACCGUCUAUGCGACCUCUUUGGCGACCGUCUCUGCGACCACAAUGGCGACCGUCUCUUCGACCUCCUUGGCGACCGUCUAUGGAUCCUCAUUGGCGACCGUCUAUGCGACCUCAUUGGCGACCGUCUAUGCGACCUCAUUGGCGACCGUCUCUGCGACCUCAUUGGCGACCGUCUCAUGCUCACAAGAGCACGAGAGGCGCUACGGAAGCUUUCAAGCAUUGGCGCCGCCACGGAUGCAUUCAAGGUCGCCUCGCCGACCGUCGCCAAUGGCGGACUUGACGCCAACGCUUUGGGUGCAGGAAAGGCGGGCGCGGGAGUCAACGGUGGCGGCGGGAGUUCAAGCUACCACGGGGGACUCCGUCUUUCUUUUGCAGGAAAGGCGGGCGCGGGAGUCAACGGUGGCGGCGGGAGCUCAAGCUACCACGGGGGACUCCUUCUUUCUUUUGCAGAAGAGGCGGAAGCGGGAGUCAACGGUGGCGGCGGGAGCUCAAGCUACCACGGGGGACUCCUUUUUUCUUUUGCAGAAGAGGCGGAAGCGGGAGUCAACGGUGGCGGCGGGAGCUCAAGCUACCACGGGGGACUCCUUCUUUCUUUAAGAGGCGGAAGCGGGAGUCAAUGGUGGCAGCGGGAGUUCAAGCUAUCACGGGGGACUCCCUCUUUCUUGGAGCGGCGUGAGCUGGAGACAACAGCGCUGGUAACGACGCGAGAGGUCAACGGCGUUGACCGAGCUUGGACGGCGCUGGCGGGGAGCAACGGCGCUGGCGGAGAGCGGACGCCAUCACUUCACGCCUUUCCUCUCCUCUCUUCUUCCAGUGCCCCAGUCGCUGCUGGGAGCGGCGAGCGAGGUGAUGGCGGCGCUAGGGUUAGCCAUCUGCUGGUGGGGCGGUCGCACGAGUGCAAGUUCCCGCCGUCGCUGCUCGCUCUGCCGUGCGUGUCGUCGCCCGCGCUGGGGCCGGAUCUCGAGCAGCAGAGCUGUGCGACGGUGCACGACAGGCUCAUGGAGCUGGUCACCACUGGGCGGGGGGUGACAGACGGGGAGGCUGCACAAGGCAGGGCGUCGUGUGUGGCGCUGCGGCAUGCACUGCAGCACCAGCUGAGGCAGGCCGGUGCUGAGGCCUUCAUUGCCCCUGCUGCCACAGGCAUACCUCCAAGGCACGACAGGAGAUCCCAUCAUUCCCACUGUCACCAUGCCAGUCGCCCUCACACCUGCUGCUGGUGGUUCAUCUGGGAGUGCUGCAGCUGGCAGCUGCACACAUGA